AUGGGGAAAAAAUGGACAUACUGUGCUGUCUAUUCCAUCAUCCAGAUACAUUUUGUCAGGGAUCUUUGGGAAAAUAAUGCAGAAGAAGACAUUUAUGCAUUACCUGGUUCUGAUGUCAACCUGACCUGCCAAAAACAGAAGAAAGGCUUCUUGGUGCAGAUGCAGUGGUCCAAGGUCACUGAUAAGUUGGACGUGAUUACCCUUUAUCAUCCCCAACAUGGCUUUUACUGUGCCAAUGGGAGCCCCCGUGAGUCGCUGGUGGCUUUCAGAGAAGCUCCCAGGAAUGUGUCAAAGUGGACUCUGCACUUAAGGAACAUGUCCUCCUUGCUCACUGGGAAGUAUGAGUGUAGCUUCACUCUGUAUCCAGAGGGCAUUCAGACGAAAAUCUACCACCUACAGAUUCAGACAAAUGUUACACAGGAUGAAUGGAGAAGCAACCAUACCAUAGAAAUAGAGAUAAAUCAGACUCUGGAAAUACCAUGCUUUCAAAAUAUCUCCUUAGAAAUUUCAUCUGAGAUCACCUUCGCAUGGUUGGUGGAGGAUAAUGGAACUCAGGAAACACUGCUCACCCAAUAUCACCCCGUCAGCAAUUCCACGUUAUUUAAAGACAGAGUCAAGCCAGGUACAGAGUGCAGCCUCUACCUCUCUCCAGUCCACAUCCAGGGUGAUGGCCAGAAGUUCUCUUGCCAGGUUGUAGUCAGGUCUGGCAAAAUCUUCCGGCGCUCCACCACGGUCAAGGUUUUUGCUAAGCCAGAAAUCCCCACGAUUGUGGAAAAUAAUUCCAUGGGUGUCUUCGGAGAGAGAAUAUUUACCUGCUCACUGAGGAAUGUAUUUCCCACAGCAAAUCUCACAUGGUUUAUAGAGAGAAGCUUCCCUCAAGGUGAAAGAGAAGAAAUACACAUUACUAAUGAAAAGAGAAAAGACAAAGGAGGAUUUUGGGAACUGAAGUCCGUUUUGACAAGUGUGUAUGAUAAUAAACCAGCCCAAUCAAACAACCUGACCAUCUGGUGUAUGGCUCUGUCUCCAGUCCCUGGAAGCAAAGUGUGGAAUAGCUCAUCCGAAAAGAUCACAUUUUCCUUGGGCUCAGUGAACCCUCCAACAGAUUCUCUGCUUGAUGCUACAGAAUCUACCCUUGGCACCCAGCCUUCUCCAGCCAACAGCAUAUCUCCUACAAGUUAUCCAGCUCCAUCUUCAACAGCCCUUGUAGAUGUGACUACAUCGACUCCAAACGUCACCCCUCCAACCAGCAGUUACGACCUGACUACCCGAGGCUUCAACUACUCCUGGACCUCCAGUGGGAAAGAUGCCAAAUACUCAGCUUCAUGGAUGCCCAGUGAAACAUACAGUUCAUCCCCCUCAAGGGCAGGUUCGACACUUCAUGGUGACACCUUCACCAGCACAGCCAGAGCAUUUUCAGAAGUUCCCACAACUGCCAAUGGAUCUACUAAAAAUAAUCAUAUCCAUAUCACUGGUAUCGUGGUUAAUCAACCCAAAGAUGGAAUGUCCUGGCCAGUGAUUGUGGCAGCUUUGCUCUUUUCCUGCCUUGUAUUGUUUGGUCUUGGAGUGAGAAAACUGUGUCAGUACCAAAAAGAAAUCAUGGAAAGACAUCCGCCUUUCAAGCCGCCACCUCCCAUCAAGUACACCUACAUUCAAGAGUCCAUUGGAGGUGAUCUGCCUUGUCAUGAGCUGGAGACACUCUAG